AUGAAAACGUUUGGUUAUAAUAGUUUAACCAGCUGGUUAGCUUUAUUUGCCUGUUCAGUGGUAGUCUUCUUCAUGUCAAUGCCAAUGCGAUUGUCUGGAUUAUUUUUUGUGAUUCUUUUGGAUGGUUACAAUACAGACAGAAAGAAGGCGUCAGUACCUAUAGUUAUUUUCGGCGUAUUAAGGACGUUAACAGGGCCUUUUGUAGCAGUUUUAGGAGAAAAAUUUGGUUUCCGAGCUGUUACUCUAACGGGAUGUAUUUUUGGUGCCGUAGGAAUUGGGAGUUGCUAUUUUGCUGAGGAUAUUAACACAGCUACAAUUUGCAUUGGUUUAGUUUACGGUAUAGGACUAGCGUUAUCUGCCACUUUGGUGCCAACAAUUUUGAAACUGCAUUUUACGGAGAACAUAAAUCUUGUGAAUGGUGUAUGGUUAGCUGGAACGUGUGCAGGUUCGAUAAUCAUGUCUCCGGUAAUGACGUAUUUACAAAAUGCUUACGGCACGAACGGAAUGUUCUUGAUUGUGGGUGGAAUUUUUUUAAACUGCAUACCUGCUGCAAUCCUCUUAAAGCAUCCCCAUAACGAUAGACAAAAAUGUAAAACUGAAAAGAAGAAUGUUGCAGAUAAUCCAACUACGUAUCAUCAAAAUCUUGCAUUUGUAGCAGACGAAGAAAAUCAGGAGAAAAACGAUAGCAUUUUGAAAAAUUCAGAAGAAAAUUCCUUUCCCUGGCAAGAGGAAAGUACAGAAAAUGAAAGAGAAGACAUAGUUAGGGUUAAGUGCGCACAAAAACUAAGAGCAGUUGAAAAUCAAAACAAGGUAAUCCCUGAUUAUGUUUCAUUUGGAUCUGAUCAAACAGAUAAAAUUCAUUACGUUCUACAAAAGAUAGGAAAGAAUGGAACGAUUUUUUUAAUUACUCCUGUUACUCAACCCAUGCAACAUACCGUAAAGAAACCUUCCGAUAAAAAAGAUUCAACUGAAAAGGAUUUUUCGUCCGUAAAGAAAAAUUCAAACAAUGUUUCUGAACCAGUGGAGCCCAUGACAGGGACAACAACCAAUCACACUAUAUCUUGGAAAUCCUUCAGAGUAUUUGCUGAUCCCACAUACUUUUCUAUAAUGCUUGUACAAAGUAUGACCACGUUCAUAUCUACCCUAAAUUGGACUAUCUUAGUUGAUUAUGGAAGAGAUAAAGGUAUGUCGACUGAAGUGUCUGUGUACUUUGUCAUGUUUCUUCCGGUUGCUGAAAUAAUUGGAAAUUUGGGUUUAAACUGGGUUACAGACUGCCAUUUUAUGACUAGAACGAAUUUUAGUCUGCUUUGCUUUUUAAUAUUGUUAUUAGAUUCGGGUUACAUUAUGUGGGCUUAUAAUUUUGUACUGAUGAUGANAACAUCU